AGAGCCGCUUUUACUGAAUUCAGGGGAAUUUCUUCCAGUAGAAUAAAUGGGACUUUCACCUCCACGGUCUCCGUGUCUCUCCGUGGGUUUUUAUCGCAGCGCAGCAGUAAAGUGGACCUGGAACCUGUCGGUUCCGCUGUCCGCUCCGACUCAUCCCACAUUUCUUUAUCAGCUGUUUGCGCUAAUUAAUGCGCAUUGAGAUGUGUGCAGAAUGAAGCGCCUCUUUGCUGUAGAAGCAGGAGGAGUUUGCGCAAACACUGAAUGGAUCAACCAGUGGUUCUGCUUCUGGAGCGUCAGAGCGCAGCUGUUCCACUCGCCUUGAACUCUGAAGCUACUGAAUGUGAAGGAGCUUAGAUGGAGGAUUUUGUUCUCAUGAUUCUCACCAACUAAAUGUGAUCUUUUCUGCCACAGGAGAAACUCGGGGACGCUGGGACAGAGUUUUCCCUCCUCACACCUUUUGGAUCUGUGCGCAGCAGAGGGAGAGAUCUGCGGAGCGAGCGGCCAAAGAUGAACACCAUUGUGUUUAACAAGCUGAGCAGCCAGGUCCUGUUUGAGGAGAAGGCGAAGGAGGUGGAAAUGAGCAGCAGAAAUUACCUGGAAGUCAUCGACGGCCAACAUCCAGAUCUCCUCUGCAGCAGCCCGGCCAUCAGAGACAGCCAGGCGGUCAGACACAGGCGGAGCGGGGGUCGUCCCAGUGGCAGCAAAGUGCGGCACAAGCGCCAGGCCCUGCAGGACAUGGCACGGCCGCUCAAGCAGUGGCUCUACAAGCACAGAGACAACCCCUACCCGACCAAGACGGAGAAAAUCCUCCUGGCGCUCGGCUCGCAGAUGACUCUGGUUCAGCCCUGGAGCGGUCAGCCCAGGCUUCAUGUACCAGGCAGCAGUUGGCCGGCCUUCAUCGCAGAUGAGUGCAGCGUCCUGCUAGGAAUGUCUCUGUUUUCCUAUCGCGCACUUAUCCUGCCCAGACUACACCUCGCUUUGGACAGCCACAGCUUGCUGCAGGGCCUGCUGGAAGACCUACCCGUGGCCAAUGGGAUCUACCCAGAGGUCGGGCUCAUGUCUCCUGUCUCUGGUCAAGUCAGGAUGACAGUGAUUCAUGGCCAGGUAAAGGCUCAGGCUAUGAGCCAAGAGAUAGACACCUUGCAGGCCAAGGGUGCUAUAUUGCCCGUUGACCCCUUCGGGAUCCAGGGGGCUUUUAUCAAAGUAUUUUUAGCCCCGAAAAAGACUGGGGGACUCCACCCAAUUUUGGACCUGAGAGCCUUUUACCCUCUGCAGGCCAAGGGAUUGAAGAUCCUGCCUUACUUGGAAGACUGGCUCAUCUGUGCACCCACAGAAACUGAAGCCGCUGCAGGCACGUGCACCUUGCUCAAUCACGUAGACCUAUUGAGUCUUCCUGUGAACUGGCAGAAGAGCAACCUGAUUCUGUCUCAGCAGUUUUCUCGGCAGCCGGACCUGAGCUGGGCACUCAGGAUCAAACUCUACAACAAAUACGUUCAGGGCAACGCAGAGAGGCUGAGUGUCAGCAGUGACGACAGCUGCUCCGAAGAUGGAGACAACCCUCAGAGGACACAGAAUGGUCCUGAAUUUCUCCCCAAACCCUUGUACCAGAGCGUUAUCAAGAAGGAGGGCUCCUCCAUGGUGGGCGUGGCCAUAGGGAUGGACCCAGGGCUGCGUUCUGCGGUUGAUGAUGCCUCUCUGCCGGUCGUCAGCAGCAACGGUGGCGUCGCAGCUUCGCAGGAGGAGAAGGUGAAGGCCAAAGAUGAGACGCAGUGGAAGGAGAUCAACGCCGCCGUGGCCUUGACCAACUUGGCCCAGGGGACGGACGGUGUUUCUGGAACAACCAGCUGCAUCAUCCAGAAGUCCUCUCAUAUCGUCGAGGUGAAGACGGUUAAAAAAGCUGCUGCUGCUGCUGAACUCUUAGCUCUGACGUUCUCCGUCUUUGCGAAGCAGCAAACAUUUCUCUCUGAGCCAACAGAGGCAAAAUAAACCCACACCGUGACAGGAAAACAACUGGGAAAGGCAGAGCAUAGAGUGGAACAAUUCAACAUUUGGUCUGAUUGAAAAUGUCCAAAAGAUGCCUUGACCAUCCUAUUUAAAAAAUGAACCUUUUCAAAUAUUAUUUUUCUAUUUAUAGUCUUUUUUUUAUUCCUGUUUUUACUGGAGUAUAUUUUGUAUUCUCCAAAGUGCCUUUAUUUUUCAGCAGAUCAGCUCUCUGAUUGUUCACAUAUUCAAACAAACAGAACCUGACUGUUCUGAAAUGAAUGUCAGGAACAAUGAAGCUUCACUACAACUCCUGCUUUUAGUUCCUUCCCUUGUUCCUGUGAAUCAUUCUAGCCUCAAACAGGAAUUAUUGUUGCCUGAAUGUCCUAAACAUUUAGUUUCAGUUCAGAACUCUUUCCUCUGACUGACCUGAUGUAUUCUUGUCUUUGAGGUUUUGUUCAUGUGUUUCAUAACGGAGCCUGUUUCAAAAAU